AUGGGAAAGCCGCGGAUGAUUAUUCUGAUCCGCCAUGCGCAAUCCGAAGGAAACAAGAAUCGUGAUAUCCAUCAGUCCGUACCAGAUCACCGAGUCAAACUCACACCGGAAGGUCACAAGCAAGCGCUCGAGGCGGGACGCAGACUACGAGAGCUACUACGACCGGACGAUACACUACAUUUCUUCACGUCGCCGUACCGCAGAACCCGCGAGACAACAGAAGGAAUACUAGAGUCGCUUACAUCAGACGACCCUUCCCCUUCGCCCUUCCCACGACAUACGAUCAAGGUGUAUGAAGAGCCCCGUCUUCGGGAACAAGAUUUUGGGAAUUUCCAGCCAUGUUCGGCUGAGAUGUCGCGUAUGUGGCAGGAAAGAGCAGACUAUGGGCAUUUCUUCUACCGAAUUCCCAACGGGGAGUCCGCUGCGGACGCCUACGAUCGAGUGAGCGGAUUCAACGAGUCUCUAUGGCGGCUUUUUGGAGAAGACUCCUUUGCGAGUGUAUGCGUUCUCGUCACUCACGGGCUGAUGACUCGUGUAUUUCUCAUGAAAUGGUACCAUUUUAGUGUGGAGUACUUUGAGGAUCUACGAAACAUUAAUCACUGCGAGUUCGUGAUUAUGGAAAAGAAUCCAGAUAAUGGGAAGUUCAUUUUGCAAAACAAAUUACGAACAUGGUCUGCUCUACGGCAGGAGAAGGAAGAAGAACGCAAAGGCGAAGUAUCGAAUGGUAGCCAGGUACAGUCUCCGGAAGCUGAGGUGCCCGUACACCGGAAAUGGGGUGGCUGUCCCAAUGGUUGUACGCAUGGUGAUGCGGUGUCGACGACUUGGCGUCCAACACGGCGCGACGAGGUGGAUGUAUUUCGGGAUGACGAUGGGGGCGAAACGACGGAUGCCAAUGGAAGAAAACACAGUCCAUCUGCAGAUCGCAAGAAGACGUUCAAGAGAAUGCCAUCCUUGAAAGACAGAAAGACAAUAACUCAUACCGACAAGUCGAAACUUCGUCUAACAAUCGAGCCUCAGCACCCUGAUGAUAUUGUGUCCUCGCCCAAUCAAACUCCAUCUUACAUCGCUCUAAGCGGCAUCGUCAACCCCCGAGAACCCAUUGAACACGAGAUGCGCAAGGAACAAGAGACUGCCAUCCCCAAGGACAAACCAACACAAGCAUCAUCAGCUCAAAACCUUCCAAGCAUCCAACUUCUCCAUCUCGCAGGCCGUGACGGAGGCGGCUCAACCAGCGGCGUGAACAGCGUCGAAGUCUCAGACUCCGAGUCAGACAGCAUGCUCCCCGAGAAAAGCGAAUCACUCGCCGCACUCGUCAGCGGUCCCAGUAGCACUAAUCUGAAAUUCUCUACCUCCUACCACUCAAUACAAGAUGCAGAAGAUGACGGUGACGACGAAGGAGCUGGCACUGCCUCGCGACGAUCCCGACGAUCCACAAAGGCCAUUUAUCAGAAUCAUACGGGCCAUCACCAGCAUCAACAUCCGCAUCAACACGCCAAUAAAGCGAGUACUACUACUUAUCAACGUAAAGCGAAUGCGUUGGGCGAUGUGGCUGAUGACGAUAACGACAAAAAUGAAAGUCCAGACACUAUAGAAGGUAUACCAGAAACAGAAAUUGAACAGUUAAGAAGAGAAGAGGAGAGUGUUUCUGAGAGUGUAUAUUGA